AUUAAGGAUUACAUGGAUGACGUGAUACCCUAGUCUACCUUGUUAUGAUGAUUGACGAACGAUAGACACACUACACCUAUCUUCAGUGUUACCAAAUAUAUUGACUCUUAUAACAAAAAAACCCGCCUAAUGAAACUAAAUAAGCUUCUUCGUAUAUUAUUAAAGUCGUUCGGAUUUCUACACAACAUGAAUCAAAUACACGUUAAGGUUUUCGUCAAAAUGGUUUUUAUAUCCACUAGAGUUUUUUUCAUUCAAAAUCAAUUUAUCGCGCUUUGCAAUUUAAAAUCAUUUCUGCAAUUAAUUUAUAAUUCUUUAAGAGCAGCUGCGUUCAGAAAUUUUUGCUGUCUAUUGAAACCUAAGAAAAAAGUCAACAUUACUAUACAACGAAAUCCAAUGAAACUGUGUAGAGUGAAAUCAUUAUUAGUCUACGGUAUCAAAAAAACUGCGGAGCUACUAACAUCAUAUACACUUCCGUUACAAAAUACUUUCAAUAUAAUGCAGAAAAGUAGCAAAGGAUGUGAAACUGAAAAUUCCUGUGGUACGCUUCUUCCUUUAAACCAAUCCUUAACAAAUUGUUACAAAAAGUAAUGAGUAUUUAAAUGUAGAUUUAAGGUUUAAAAUAUGGUUUUUAGGGAAAAUGUAUCUAAAUUAAAAAUCAAAAAACAAAAGUACAUUACCCAUCUAGAGACUGUAUUAAGAUAUCAACAAUCACUACUUCAAGAGAACAAUAUAAUACGCGCUGGUGCAGUACAAGGAUAUCGUUCAAAAACAUUUUCUUCAAAUAUUCAACCGCACAAUACUAAUCCCAGAAAGUAUCCGACACAUCACGGGCAAAGUUUAUUAACCGAUUUCAGAAUAUCACACUCCUUGGAAUUCGGUGACAAUUCUAUAUUAUAUGACAUUUUACAAAGAUUGGCAAUGUUGUUUAUUUUCUUUGAAAAAACAUUUCAAUUCCAAAAGAAACAGUGUCGAAGUGUAAUAAAUAAAACUGUAUUUAAAAAGAGGGGCGUCACAGAAACAACAAACCCAGUAAAAGAUAGAAGUCAUUCCUCGUGGGUUUUAAAUAAACAAUUGGUAGAGAAGAAAUUUUUUUUUAUCGAUUCACAAUCUGUGAAUGAAAAAUCAUGGAUACUGUAUGACCACAUAUUCAAAUGCAAAAAGUUUCAACACCAUUUGAUGUACUGGCCAAAAGCAACUUUAGCAAAACAAAAACAACUCGAUUCGAAAAACCAAGAAUAUAAAAAGAAAAUUGAAACUUACGAAAAUUCCGCUCAUUACCUUCAAACCCAAUUAGACAAACAAGAAAGAAAAUUGCAAGACUUGCAACAUUUGUUACGGCAAGAACGACGCGAAAAAAUUAAGUUAGAGCAGGAUUGUCAACGCCUUCUUUCCAAAAUUUUAGAACUUAAAUGGAUAAAAGUUCCACCACUACUUGUAGACGAUGCCCUUCUAGAAAAAACUAUAGACCAGUGUGAUGUGUCCCAACCCUCUUCACAUUCUUUUUUUUAUUAACUCAUAGACAAAUUCACUAGAACAGUUCAGUUUACAGCAUGAGACAGUUUCAAUGGGUUUUCGAAACUUGCUUUGUUCUUUUUUAAAAAAAUCACGCUGAUUUUAAAGUAUAUAAUCCAAAUGAUCUCGACAUAAGAAUUAUUGACAUAAAAAAUCUUCUUUCAUAUAAUCAGCACAGUUCUCGAUACUAUCACAACGUCAAUUACGUCAUAAAUGCGUUCUCUUUAAGUACGAAUAGAAAAAAUGAUUCAGUUGGAGUUUAAUUGACCAUUAUGAGAUAAUCUCAGCCUUAAAUUAUUUAAGAAAAAAUACAAAAAUAGCUAAAUUUUUUUUUUAAUAGUUAAAACAAAUUGUAGUACAACAACAACAACUCGAAAUAAAAUAAAGUUUUAAA